GCCAUUUUAAACGCGCCCAUCCCCGCCCAGUCGCCCGCCUUCCCCGUAGGCGCGGCCCGUCCUCCCAAGCCGCCCUCGCCCAGGUGAGACCCGGCGGGAGCUGAGCGGCGCGAGCCGAGCGACCCCGGCCCCCCGCGGCGGGAGUGUGGCGGAGUGGGAGGGCCGCGACGGAGGGGCGGGGGAGCGGCACGGCGUCACCGAUGUUAUGGCACAAGGAAGGGGGUGUGCGGGGUUGGGUAAUGUGUGUCUUUACUGAUAGGAAACCCGAAGUGUUUUUUUUGCUGUGAAAGCUGGAAAAUGUUCAAAAAUCAGUAUCAGGGUGGCCCAUUUGUUGAAAUAUUCAGUGCUCAAGGCAAAAACCCAGGAGCAAAAUGGAGGAUUUUUGGCAAUCCAUCAGCUAUAUGGAAAGAAUACGAUAAAGAAACAAAGGGCUUUGUUUUUGUACUUGAAGGAAGCAGUCAAAUAAACAGAAUGCAGCUACCAAAGAAAACCAGACAAACUUUGGGACUGAUUCAGCCAUUCCUGACACUUCAGAUUUUGGUGCCAUUGGGACAAGACUUCUCCACUGAGUUACUGAUAACAGAUUUAGGAAAUAUUAAAAGAAGAUUAUAUUUAUCAACGGUCCAGAAGGAGUUGUCUGUAACCCCUCUGCAUGCAAAAAUUCCUCUGUUUAUGAUCAGGCGCAAAAUAUGGUGCAAUCUGUGUAUUGACCUGGUAGCAUUCACCAGUGAAAUAUUCAGAGGAGCCAACUUCCAGUCCUUGGAUGGGAUUACUAUUUCAGCUAGCUGUAAGCUAAGGAAGAUCUUCACAUUAAAAUCCAAGCCUCAAGAUACAGCUGAAGAAAAUGAUAUGGAUGUUGUUCCAUUUACACCAUGUGAGCCCACAGAUGACAUUCCUCGAUCCUGCCAGCUAAAUACAGAUGUGCCACAAGUUACACAAUUGCUGAACUUGGCUAAAAUUCACAAGCCAGAGAUAAAAUGCAGGAGUUCUCCAAUAACAGUGCAAGAAACAGCUCGCUUGGUUAAUAGAGGACAAGGCAAUAAGAACAGCAAUAAAACUCAGGACGUGUCACAUAUUGCAUUUGGAUCAAAGAUCCUUGGACCACCUCCAUCUUCAAACAGAAGAGUCAGCACAAGGGUAUCUGGAGAGGUAACAAAGAGCGUGGGUAGCAAAAGUAAUAAAUCAUACCAACUUCAAAGUUCAGGAAAAAGAACUGAAUCCCUGCAAAACACUGAGAGUCUGGAGCUGUCGUUCUCACCAUGCAACGAUUCUUUAGGUCAAGGAGAUAAAAGAAAUCCUCACCAAGCAGCUAAAGACAUACAUCAAAACGACUCUGCAAUUCAGACUCAGAAAACCUCUGAGAAUGGAAGGGCAGAUUUUCAGCUCCCCUCGCCACAAGAUCCAUCAACAGACAAGAACAGUCAUAGAAGAUUAUGUCUAAAAAAUGCAGACGAAAACACAUGGGAGAUAACCACUGAUGAAUGGGUGUUUCCAGAAGGUUUCACUGAGGAGGUUCAGUUGGAUGGGAGCGAGCAGCAUGCAGCCACUCAAGAUUCAGCCUGCUGUGAUUUGACCUCACCAGAGAUCACCUCUACUGAACGUCAGCACGAUGAAACGGGUGAUCACAACAUGGAUCAGAAGGAGAUAUUCACAUUUUCAUCAAGACCUCGCUCAGCUCCUCAUGGGAAGUCCCCAAAUACAUCACCAGAACACUGUGUUUUCCCUCUGGAUUUGAAGCAGGACAGUAACCGUGUCCAGGGGGAAACCCAAACUGACGAUAACUUUCAAGGAACUGACAGCAGCGAAGAGGAUGACAACAGUGACUUUAUCCGGAGUACUGAGAACCUUGAGAUCAGCUGCAGCAGACAAGGAACACCUGAUUCAGCAGUUUUUAAAGACAACACAUUAAAGAGGAUAUCACAAAGAAAUGAAUACCGGGAGAAUAAGGGUUGCAGCAAACAGAACCUCGAGGACAGCAUUGCGUCAAAACCACAGAGUUCCACUGUGCAAAAGACAGAACCUGUCAGCUCGCAGAGAACCUUAAAGCCUACUCUUUCUCUUUCUCCUACUGGAAGUAAAACUGAAUUCUUCAAAGUCAUUCCAAACGCGUCCAAUAAAACUGAAAAAUCUGAGGGAGUUUCUGGUCAAAUAAAAUCAUCAGUCAGCAAAAACUCCCUCAAGAAAGUCUCGAGAGAAAACUUGUGUCUGACAACACAGACCUGUACGUAUGACUGGAAGAACUACCAGUCAAGCAGACUGAGUGCAUCUGAACUGCAGAUGCUGGCUAGCAUGAAGAGGCAACAAAAUGAAGAAUUGAAGGAUACAGGAAUCUCACAUGGGUUGAGUGCAUCACAAAUAGACAACUGUAAUGUUAACAUAAGUACAAGCAGUGAUGAUACAACAACCUGGAAUUCUUGUUUCCCACCACCCGUCAGUCAGGAGCAUCACUAUCAGAAAGAAAUGAGCCCUCUUUCACAUUCCAACCCACGAGACUGGUUGGAUGCGUUCAGUCCCCCCAUCACUCCCGCAAGCCAGAAAUUGGAAGAGCACAUAAAACCUUCAUCAGAUCAGAGUAUUCCAGGUGAAGAUGGCCUGAAUGCUGAAGAAGAUGAGGAAGUCCUGACUCUUUUGUAUGAUCCAUGUCUGAACUGUUACUUUGACCCAAACUCUGGGAAGUACUACGAAUUGGCAUAGUCAGAUCAUGAGAGCGCACUGUUUUGUAUUCAGAAUAGAUUUCUCUUUUAACUGCUUUUGAAGUGUGACUGGGCUGUAUAAUUUAUCAUGGAAUUCAAAUCUUGAAGUAACCAGUAGUUUUGCAAACAAAUGAAUAUAUUUUGUCAAUAGUGUCUUAUUUUCAUAGUUUCACAUUAAGUUGUACUGCAGUGGAAAAGCACGUAGCAUGGAAGUUCCGGUGGGUAAGCCUUUUAUUUGUUAGUGUCAUCUAUUUCCAGCCUUCAAAGGUUUUACAUGGGAAUGAAUGAAGCUGAAUCAAGAGCGUUUGUGGUGGUCACCUUUAACUUAUGGUCUGACUCAAAUAAAAAGAACUUUUUUCAUUCAUCGUU